ACUUUUUCAUUUUAUAUGAAUAUCACCAAUAGGAGCUCUGAUUCACAUGUCCCUUUGGCUCGUGAAACCAGCUUGCCACCAAAAGUGACCUUUUUACAAGAUGAGGAUGACUUUGAUCGGGAGAAAUAUAGAGCCUCACUAAGAGCCAAACUGCAACUAGACGAUGAGGAUUCCGAUGUUUUUGGCUCCACACUCAAACAAUCUAAGUCGAGACUCACAGAAAGAAAUAGAUAUCUGGAGAAUGAGGAUGAAGACAUUUUGGGAUCUACCUACAAGCCAUUGAAAUUCAAGGGGUUAGAUGAAUCCAAUGCUGUAGAAACUUCGCUGAAAUCAUCAUUGAAAUAUAGAGCUUCAGCAGAGCCCUUCGAAUCGGCUUUGAAGUCCUUAAAAUUGAAUGGUACAGAUGAGUCAGGAUUCGGUGAAAGCAUAAAACAUAGAGCAUUAAAAGCUGUCGAAAGAACCGGCAAAGCGAGGUCCAUCUUGGACGACUUAGAUGAUCAGGAGGCUAGUUCAUUCUCUACUAGACGUAUUAAGAUCAGAAGUGAGAACGUCAUUAUGGGUGAUACCAGUACCACAACCGAAGCUUCCUCACGCAUGAAAGCUACCAAAGCUCGUCUCGCUGAUCUCGAAUCGGAAAUGUCCUCGAUUAGUGAAAAACAAAGUGAGCGGGAAAGGCGUAAACAUAAUUUAAGAAAAUUAUUGAAUGAAAGCGAAUCUGAUACCUUUAAGGCCAUAGAAAUGUAAUUGUUGUAAUAUUGUGUUAUACGAGUUCGUACCAUAAAAAGAAGAGUUGCGGAAAAUAAAGUGUUUAAAUAAAUGUUGAAA